AUGUUAGCUCUUGUAGCACCUGGUCUUCGAGCUGUUUACAAUAGUAUCGAUAUAGACAAUAAUAAGCGAAAUUGUACUUAUCAUAACCGGUUUUGUAACGUAAUUGAAAUGUACGAACCAUUAUUUAGUAAUGGUGAUCCGUGUGAGGAUGAUUAUGUACAAUAUGUGACUGGAAGGGAAGAAUUGAGACUUAUAAGAGAUUUAAUAUUAUUAAACAUGGGAUCUUAUGCCAUGUUCAAUAAACCGUUUUUAUCUAUUGGUAAUUGCAGUCAAUAUCUUUCUCGUUGGUGGCAAACAAUGCGACGUAGAACCACAGGAGUCAGCCCGGUAACUUCACAAUAUAUUGUCUCCAAUGAAAACACCGUCGAUUCACGUAAUGCUCAGAAUGAUCAAAAUACCACACAGGACGAAAUAUUGUUCCAGUCAGAAAAAGCGAACACGAUGGUUUACUUUGCAAGAGUAUUUAUAUUAUUACUCUUCGUGAUAAUUGGAUUUUCUAUACUAAUAGCAAAUAUUAAUCCGUUCUAUUAUACAAAUAAAGUAAAACUUCCAUUUGACAUUCUCGAAGCAGGAAUGUUUCUUAUUAUGCUUAUCCUGUUGUGUGUAAGUUUACGUUACCAAAAGUCUGGAAUAGAAAUGGCCCCAAAACCGGACAUUCUAGCUCGUUCUUAG